AUCUGCAUAGAAGGCGUUUAUCGUGGUCCUGCGCAUUUUUGUUUCGCCUCUAUACAAGAGGGUUUCUGACGAACUAGGCGUACGUUGAUUUGGGUACCCUUGUAUUUCUGUCACUAUGUCUUUCUUCCUGCUUGCGGAUCAGCAUACCUUUUUCAGUACUGUACCAUUACUGUUUGCUGCGUUGCAAUCAGUCAGAUGUCUUCGCCGAAGCGUCCUGGAUUUGCAGUGCUUUCUCUAUAUUGGGCUUCUUCAGAGUCUUGCUGUCAAAGUAGGAUUACGAUUCGGGUGUACAAAGGUCACACAGUUCGACUCUGUCUGGUGCAACUCAUGCAGCCAAGAUCAGAGGGCAUACUUAUGGCUGACGACGGUUGCUCAAAGAAGUGCUUCUUUCUGUAUUGCAAAUAAUAGUUGAAACCCCCCAAUGGCCCACUCAUCGGUGUGUCUUUGUGAUCAUGUACUAAGCAGUUUGCGGCUAGAUUGAUCCUUCGCGAUAUGAGUCC